AUGCUCAGCAAUGAUGCGCGAAGGCCACUUCUGCUUUUAACUCUUCGACGAAAUGCUUGUGGUCGACCCCUAUCACCAACGAAGUCAAGGAGGCCGGCAGAUCGCCUUAUUCAACGAGUUCUGAGGAGUUUGUCGGGUUCGAGCCGGAAGAAGCCAACUGGUCGAAAACGGAAGUUCUGGACUGAGGUGGUGAAAGAGGACCUGAGGACACUCGGCGUGGAUAGGCAGUUCAGGCGAGACGUAAGGUUUCGCAGAAUAUGGAAUAGCGACGAAUGGAUUGAUUCUGUGCAAGCUCUCGCAGAAGAUCGAGAAGGUUGGGCAGAGCUGUGUUCAAGGACGGCACACCUCGGCGAAGAUGCGGAUAAUCGCGUCAGGCGAUGA